UCUCUCUCUCUCUCCAUUGUAUAUUUAUAUAGUACAUGCAACCUAGCUAAACAAAUCCAAAUAAUCCAUGGCAGAUCAGCAGAGAAUUCAUCCGGUCCCGGACGCGGAUCCGGAGAGGUCGCCCCGACCCACAGCUCCGCUGGUGCCCCGAGGCUCUUUCCGGUCAUCAGAGAAAGGCGACCCGGAGCAGCAACCGCCGCCGUUACGGCGGACAAUCCCAUACUCGCCUUCAAAGCCACCAAAGAGAAGAAGCUGCUGCGGGAGAUGCGUGUGUUGCACGUGCUGCUUUCUCUUCUUCCUCAUCGUCGCCAUAGCCGCGUCGGCCGGCAUCCUAUACCUAAUUUUCCGCCCCAAAAUCCCUAAAUACUCCGUCGACACCCUGAGAAUCACGCAGCUCAACCUCAACAACGACAACAGCCUCUCCGCCACGUUCAACGUCAACAUCACGGCCAGAAACCCCAACAAGAAGAUCGGAAUCUACUACGAGGGCGGCAGCAACCUCAGCGUUUUCUACGCCGGGACUAAGCUCUGUGAAGGCUCACUCCCCAAGUUUUACCAGGGCCACCGUAACACCACCGUGCUGAGCGUGAAUUUGAGCGGACAAACGGACAACGCCUCCGGGCUGCUGCAGUCCCUGCAGGCGCAGCAACAGACCGGAACUAUCCCGUUGAACCUCCGGGUGAAGGUUCCGGUGAAGCUUAAGGUGGGGAAGUUGAAGCUCAUGAAAUGGAAGUUCCUGGUGAAGUGCAGGGUGAAUGUGGAUAGCUUGAACCAGGAUAGUGUUAUCCGGGUUAGGGAUAGCAGUUGCAAGUUUCGCUUUAGACUCUAGGCUAUGGGUCUGGUUUUUUCACGUCAUCAUCACUUUUUAUAUUAUUUUUUCAUAUUAUUAUGCAUUUUUUUGAAGGCUUUCUUCAUAGAUUAUCAUUUGGAGGAGAUUAUAUUGUUUUUUUCUUGGGAUAAUAAUGAUGAUGAUAUACUCGCUAUAUAUACACACAUCAUCUGUAUUGUAUAUUUAUAGAAUGUACCACUAGCUUCUAUUUGUUAGUAUGCUAUGUAUAAUAAAUUUCCUUCUUCUUUAA